AUGACAGACACGAAGGCGAUCAUUGCCACCACCACGGUGCUGUACGGCAAGAUCUCGCGCGCGUUCGAGAACCUGCGGAAGCUCGGCGAGGCCAAUAUGACCCUCGGCGCGGUGGAGGCCCGGCUUCAAAAUCUCGAGAAGCUAUGGGAUAAAUUCGACGCUCUUAAUGAUACGUUAGCCGAUCGGGUUGACGAAAUAAAGCAUGAGGUCUACGCUAAACAGGACAUCCCGUCCUUAGGCGAGGAAGCUUACCUGCUGAACAAGGGCCUCAUGCUCGAUCUGAAGAGCGUUCUCCAGCUGCAGCUACAGGCAGCCAGCUCUACCGCGGCCGCGACAACUAGUCCCGCUCCUCGGACAGCGCUGCCAAAAAUCCAACCGCCUACCUUCGCCGGGAAAUACGAGGAUUGGUCUUCAUUCCGGGAUCUGUUCCAAUCCCUCAUCGGCCGGAAUCAGGCAGCAAAACCUGUGGAGAAGUUACACUACUUAAAACUUUGUGUGAAGGGUGACGCCGAUCUGCUGAUUCGUAACCUCAGCACCACAAAAGACAACUAUGAAAUCGCCUGGAAAACUCUAAGCGAUUAUUACGAGAACAAAAGAUUGCUGACUCGUAAUUAUCUGAAUAAUUUCUUAGCGUUGACCAAGAUGAAAAGCGAAUCCGCCGCUGAAUUGAGGAAGCUUUUCCAUGGAGUAAAAACAACUGUCAGCUCCCUGAAGAGCAUAGACCGACCGAUAGACCGCACGGAGGAUCUCUUCGUCCACCUCGUCGUAGAGCUCCUCGACAGCCGCUCUAGGCGAGAAUGGGAGAGUGAUAUAAGUCGACCCACGAGUCCGCCAAGCUACGCCUCGCUUGAGGCCUUCAUAGAACGUCGGCUCCAUACGUUGGAGGCGCUGUUUCCGGCCAGGAACGACAGCAGCAGCUCCAGCACUGCAAAAUCAACGAGGAGCCACCACGUCAAAGGCCAAGAUCCAAAAGAGAAGUCCAGAAGCCGCUCGUCCGUGAGCAUAAGCUCUGCUCAAACUGCCUUGGCCGGCAUCAAUCUUCCGAGUGCUCUUCGAAGAAGACGUGUACAGCGUGCGGCAGUCGACAUCACUCCUCGCUUCACGAUGCAUUCCGGGAAGCCGAGGCCGCCACGACGUCUCACGUGGCUCAAGGCGCAGACUCUUCCUCCGCAACGGUGCUGCUCGCUACAGCUAGGGUCCGCGUCCUCGACUGCCACGGAAGCUGGAAGUCCGCUCGCGCUCUGA